AUGCAUCAGUGGCGUGUCUGGGCCAGGCAGGCGCUGGGCGGGGAUUGGCUGGAGGGGCUGUAAUUCAGCCGUUUCCGGAGCUGCGGAGGCGUAGACCGGGAGGAGGAGCCUGGGGGUUCCAACGUCGCCCCUGAGGGAGCGAGCCCUAACCGGAUCCUUGACGAGCACCCCAGCUUGGUGUUCCUUCUCCCUGUCUGCUGGGAGAGGCCCCGCGGCCUGAGGGAGCCCCGCGGCCCGCACCCCGGCCCAAGCGCAGCCUCAGCCUGUCGGGCCUCAGCCGGAGAAACAGUUGGGACCCCGGAUUCCAGCAGGAUGGCCCAAUGGAAUCAGCUACAGCAGCUCGACACACGGUACCUGGAGCAGCUGCAUCAGCUGUACAGUGACAGCUUCCCGAUGGAGCUAAGGCAGUUUCUGGCCCCUUGGAUUGAGAGUCAAGAUUGGGCAUAUGCUGCCAGCAAAGAAUCACAUGCCACUUUGGUGUUUCAUAAUCUCUUGGGUGAGAUUGACCAGCAGUAUAGCCGCUUUCUACAAGAGUCAAAUGUUCUCUAUCAGCACAAUCUGCGAAGAAUCAAGCAGUUCCUUCAGAGCAGAUAUCUUGAGAAGCCAAUGGAGAUUGCCCGAAUUGUGGCCCGGUGCCUGUGGGAAGAGUCACGCCUCCUCCAAACUGCAGCCACUGCAGCCCAGCAAGGGGGCCAGGCCAACCACCCCACAGCUGCAGUGGUAACGGAGAAGCAGCAGAUGCUAGAGCAGCACCUACAGGAUGUUCGGAAGAGGGUACAGGAUCUAGAACAGAAAAUGAAAGUGGUAGAGAACCUCCAGGAUGACUUUGAUUUCAACUAUAAAACCCUCAAGAGUCAAGGAGACAUGCAAGAUCUGAAUGGAAACAACCAGUCAGUGACCAGGCAGAAGAUGCAGCAGCUUGAACAGAUGCUUACGGCGCUGGACCAGAUGCGAAGAAGCAUUGUGAGUGAGUUGGCAGGGCUUUUGUCAGCAAUGGAGUACGUGCAGAAAACUCUCACGGAUGAAGAGCUGGCUGACUGGAAGAGGAGGCAACAGAUUGCUUGCAUUGGAGGCCCUCCCAACAUCUGCUUAGAUCGUCUAGAAAACUGGAUAACCUCAUUAGCAGAAUCUCAACUUCAGACCCGCCAGCAAAUUAAGAAACUGGAAGAGUUGCAGCAAAAAGUUUCCUACAAAGGGGACCCCAUAGUACAGCACCGGCCAAUGCUGGAGGAGAGAAUUGUAGAGCUGUUUAGAAACUUAAUGAAAAGUGCCUUUGUGGUUGAGCGGCAGCCCUGCAUGCCCAUGCAUCCUGACCGGCCCUUGGUCAUCAAGACCGGUGUCCAGUUUACUACUAAAGUCAGGUUGUUGGUCAAGUUCCCUGAGUUAAAUUAUCAGCUUAAAAUUAAAGUGUGCAUUGACAAAGACUCUGGGGAUGUUGCUGCUCUCAGAGGAUCCCGGAAAUUCAACAUUCUGGGCACAAACACGAAAGUGAUGAACAUGGAAGAAUCCAACAACGGCAGCCUCUCUGCAGAAUUCAAGCACUUGACCCUGAGGGAGCAAAGAUGUGGCAAUGGGGGCCGAGCAAACUGCGAUGCCUCCCUGAUUGUGACUGAGGAGCUGCACCUGAUCACUUUUGAGACAGAGGUAUAUCACCAAGGCCUCAAAAUAGACCUGGAGACUCACUCCUUGCCUGUUGUGGUGAUCUCCAAUAUUUGUCAGAUGCCAAAUGCCUGGGCUUCCAUCCUGUGGUAUAACAUGCUGACCAACAACCCCAAGAACGUGAACUUUUUCACCAAGCCCCCAAUUGGAACCUGGGAUCAAGUGGCCGAGGUGCUGAGCUGGCAGUUCUCCUCCACCACAAAGCGAGGGCUGAGCAUUGAGCAAUUGACUACACUGGCGGAGAAGCUCUUGGGACCUGGUGUAAACUACUCAGGGUGUCAGAUCACGUGGGCUAAAUUUUGCAAAGAAAACAUGGCUGGCAAGGGUUUCUCCUUCUGGGUCUGGCUGGACAAUAUCAUUGACCUUGUGAAAAAGUACAUCCUGGCCCUUUGGAAUGAAGGGUACAUAAUGGGCUUCAUCAGUAAGGAGCGGGAGCGGGCCAUCUUGAGCACCAAGCCCCCAGGCACCUUCCUGCUAAGAUUCAGUGAAAGCAGCAAAGAAGGAGGAAUCACCUUCACUUGGGUGGAGAAGGACAUCAGCGGUAAGACCCAGAUCCAGUCCGUGGAACCAUAUACCAAACAGCAGCUGAACAACAUGUCAUUUGCUGAAAUCAUCAUGGGCUAUAAGAUCAUGGAUGCCACCAACAUCCUGGUGUCUCCGCUGGUCUAUCUCUACCCUGACAUUCCUAAAGAGGAAGCGUUUGGAAAGUAUUGUCGACCAGAGAGCCAGGAGCACCCUGAAGCUGACCCAGGUAGUGCUGCCCCAUACCUGAAGACCAAGUUUAUCUGUGUGACACCAACGACCUGCAGCAAUACCAUUGACCUGCCGAUGUCCCCCCGCACUUUAGAUUCAUUGAUGCAGUUUGGAAAUAAUGGUGAAGGUGCUGAACCCUCAGCAGGAGGGCAAUUUGAGUCCCUUACGUUUGACAUGGACUUGACCUCGGAGUGUGCUACCUCGCCCAUGUGAGGAGCUGAGAACAGAAGCUGCAGAGAGAUGUGACUGAGGCACCUACCUGCGUUCCGCCACCUUAAACAGCCAAACCCCAGAUCAUCUGAAAC